AUGUCAUUUAAACACUAUCAAGUCCCAGGUGGUCCGUACCGCAAAAUGACCUUCGAUCCUCGUUUCAACAAUCGUUACGACAAUCUUUAUGCUAAUAGAGGCUUGGAAGAUGAUUAUCGUGAAGGAUACCUCUACACAGAUAAUGACAUUGAUUCAUACGCCAACAAUUUCUCCUCUAACAUGGGUAACUUGGCCCAUUCAAAUUACAUGAGUCCUAGAGCCUACCGUGCCCAACUACGCGCUGGCCAGGAGUUCAGCCCCGAAUCCAACUUCCAAAACCCGUUAUAUUUGCCUCCUUGGAUGCGUACCCCAUUGCAUCAUCCUUUUGAAGGCUCCAAUGGUGAGUUGAUUUCCCCAGAAGUGUCUUAUCAUGAACGUAAAAACUUGAUGCGUAAUUUCAGAUCGUUUGACGAAGAUGGCAAUGGAAGAAUCACCCCAAGAGAACUUCGUGAUAAACUCCUCAACUCCGACGGUACCCCAUUUGAACCUAGCACCAUCCGUUUGCUCUUUGAAUUAUUCGAUGCCGAUGGCUCCAAUUCCAUCGAACUUCCGGAAUUCUACGGUCUUAUGAAAUCAUUGCAAUUCUGGAACCAGAAAUUCAAAGAGGCUGACGUUGAUGCAUCAGGAACCAUUAACUUCACCGAAUAUUUGAGACUUUUGCGUUAUUUUGGUUACACUUUCAAUACCCAAACUUGCGCGUACAUCUUCAAGAAAUUUGCCCGUUUUGACCGUCUUCAUAGAAGAACUAGAACCAAAUUGGUGCUUAAAUUCGACAGAUUUUUCGAAUGUUUCAUGUACUUGACCUUCCUCUACAACAAGUACAGUUAUGAUGGUCAAGGUAUGGAUAUUGAUUAUUAUUUGGCUUCUAGUUUUGAUAACAUUCAUGGAGGAAUGAUUGGUGCUGGAAUGGGUUCUGGAAUGGGUGCCGGAAUGGGUCCUGGAAUGGGUUCUGGAAUGGGUUCUGGGAUGGGUCCUGGGAUGCAAGAAGGUAUUAUAGCUCCUGGUCCUAUGGCUCCUGGUCCUAUGGCUCCUGGUCCUGGAUUCUAG